GUUAAAUACACGCUCAUAGUGUAACAAAUUGGAUUUGUGUAAAACCAAUCAGAAAAUAGCAAUCGGUAUUUGCGUUCUUGACAAUGUCCUGAAUCAAAUACGGAGUAUAUCCCAAUUGCGGGGGAGAAAGUAUUUUAGAAACGAAGAAACACAGGAAAAUUGCCGGGUUGAAGUGGUAUUGGUAUCAUUCCAAUAUCAGUGUUAGGUUUUGAAUUCUCGUGAAACCGAACAGAGGAUUCUAAUGAUUCUUCAGAUCUGGUGAAGCGAUUGUUUUCGCUUCAGCUUCGUUUCCCGGGUUGCACAAUACAGGUCUUUCUUUGUUCAACCCGGCGCCUUAACUGAUUUGUUACUCGAGAUGGUCUGCCCAGUAUUAGUUUGCAAGAUACACCGUCAAUAAAUUGCUUAAGAUUUCUUGCGAUACUGAAGAUUCUGCUUGGCUUCAAUCAACCUUAUGGGGGAGUGGGUGAUAGGAGCAUUCAUCAACCUUUUAGGUAGCAUUAUCAUUAAUUUUGGAACCAACCUCCUUAAAUUGGGUCAUGAUGAGAAGGAAAAGCAAUCCAUGAUGGGCACCGAGGGAGCAAAUGUGAAGGCUGCAAUGAAACCCAUAAUAUAUUUCCAAACUUGGAGAGUUGGAGCUCUUUUCUUUGCUGUUGGGAAUUGUCUAAAUUUCAUUUCUUUUGGAUAUGCUGCUCAGUCAAUGCUAGCAGCUUUGGGAUCUGUACAAUUUGUUUCUAACAUUGCAUUUGCCUACUUUGUUUUGAACAAAACUGUGACAGUCAAAGUAAUGAUAGCUACCACUUUUAUUGUUCUUGGAAACAUCUUUCUUGUUGCUUUUGGUAACCAUCAGUCACCUGUUUAUACACCAGAACAGUUGGCCGAGAAGUACAGCAAUAUUACAUUUCUUCUGUAUUGUCUGAUUUUGGUGGUAGCAGUUGCUUUUCUUCACUCAGUAUACAGGAGAGGGGAACUGCUAAUCAGUGUCCCUGGAAAUAACCUCAAGCCCUAUUGGCAGAUGUUGCUUCCUUUUUCAUAUGCAAUUGUUUCAGGUGCUGUGGGGUCAUGCUCGGUGCUAUUCGCGAAAUCUCUGUCAAACCUGCUUAGAUUGUACAUUUCCAGUGGUUAUCCACUGCAUAGCUGGUUGACAUACUCCAUGCUUCUAUUAUUUCUUAGCACAGCUGGAUUUUGGAUGGCUCGGCUGAAUGAAGGACUUGCACUGUUUGAUGCAAUCCUUAUUGUGCCCAUGUUUCAGAUAGCGUGGACCUUUUUUUCUAUUUGUACAGGAUUUGUGUACUUCCAGGAAUAUGAGGUAUUUGAUGCUCUACGAACAACAAUGUUUUUGCUUGGAAUGACUUCUGUAUUCAUAGGCAUAUCUUUGCUGGCACCAGAUGACUCCAAAGGAGGUGAAAGCAAGGAUAGACCUCUAGUUUCUGAUUUGGAUCUGACCCAUGAUGUGGAUAGGCUGGUUGUGCUAUCAGAGGAUUCUCAAAUUCAAGACCUGAGGACAUUUACACGAGUAAUGCUGACAAAAGCUGCAAGCCUGAUUUUGAAAGCAAAGGCUGCAUGUUCAUUACCAUUAGGUUUGGGCAAUAACUCGCUUCAUGGAUCAUCGGUUUUGGUGAUGCCAAUGGUAUCGUCCAAAAUAACUGGCUUUCGAGGAAGCGGGUUUGAUCAAAACAAAUUAUUUUCCAGCAGAGGUCAAGGUUGGAGCAGAAUAUCUUUGGAUGAGGAUAGUGAGACAAUUUUGGAGGCAGAAGCAAUGCCCAAGGGUGUUGUGGGAAGCAGUAGCUUGCUUACAUGAUACUUGUGGAUGAAAACGUAAGAACGACACUGGUUACAUUCAUACCGUUCUUCAAGGAUUUGUAGGUCUUCAUGUUCUUGUUUGUUUUAUUUUUUAUUUGUGCCUUGUAGUUGCGGUUGCUAAGGGUCUGUAAUAUUCAUGGCCAUAGAUUGGGGGGGGGGGGUGUCCUGUGGUGACCUGGACCCAGACCUACCCCAAGUUUGGUAUAUAUCUUUUCUUUUUUUCACGUGUAAAUUUUGUAGUGUAAAAAAUUAUAUGAUUUUUUUUGGCCCACCUUAAAUUCAAAAUUUUGAAGACAUGGUUACGCAACUAUGAUAUUAGUUCCUUAAUUUAGUAGUGGUGGUUUGACAUCUAAUUCUUCUAAGAGUGUUGGUUGCAUUGAAUUUCAAAAGAUUCUGCUGCUUUGACUUUGGCAAGAUGAAUUUGGUGCCUGGCAAAGUAUACUGUACUUGGAAACUGUUGAAGAGUGGUGGUUGCUUUAGAAUUGCUUCAAGGACCCAUAAUCGGUGGUGAUGUUAACAGGUGAUGUUAACAGAUGAUAGUCUUGAUACCAAUGCUAUGGCUUAAGGUUUUGACAGUACUCAGAGAAUUGGUGUAGCAGGCCAGGUUGCUGCCCAUGUGUAUUGUUUAAGUGUACUGGAUAUGACCUUUCUUUUGUAUAUUCUGUAGUUUUUGUUUAACGCUCUAGUGGGUUUAGAGUGUAUACACUUGUAGUAGACACUAGCCAGUUCCGAUUCAUUUCAUGCCCUUAUUUUUUGUCUUACGCAAACGGCUUUAGAGUAUAGUAGUGACGGUAUACAAGCUUUUGCUUGCAGGGAAACUAUCUUCCUGUCUUCCUGAUUCUAAGCAAUUUUUUAAAGCUAAAUAAAUAUGGGAACAGAAUAGGAAUUUAUAAGACUUUGUGUUCACAGUGCAUUUAGGGUUGGACUGGGUUUUUGGGUUGAAGGCCCAAUACCGGCCUGGGUUUGUACUGGGCCCGGGUUGGUCGGGUCUAGGUCUUUUUGUUUUUUAAAAAUCCUAAUUUAUUCCUACCUCCACCCCACCCCCUAAAGCCCCACCCUCCCCACCUGCCUAGCAGCCCCUUAAAAUGGAAAAGUCAAAAAAAGGGCCCAGACCGGUCCACCUUUUCAGCAUCCUGUACUAUGGUUGGACUCGGGCCGGGUGGCCCGGCCCGGGACCGGUACUGUUCUGGCCCGGCCCGAACCGGUGGCCCGGUCAGUGACCGGUCCGGGUAGGCCAAACCCGAGGCCCGGCCCGGCCCGGACCCGGUGGCUACCCGGACUGGUCCCGGGUCCAACUAUAUAGAACCGCCGGCCCGGGCCCGACCCGGCCCGAGUCCAACCAUAUCCUGUACCCCAUCCCCCUAUCUCUGGUUCGGGCCCCCAAUCUCGGUCCCAGUCGGUAGGGUCGGGUCAGGCUGAACCGGCCUAGUCCAUGCUUAUGUGCAAUACUCCCUUUGUCCCAUUAUAAUUGUUCCGUUUUUUCUUUUCUGUCUAACCCAUUAAAUUUGUCCCAUACCAUAAUUGAUAAUAUUUGUGUGACUAAUCCAUUCUUAUUUUAUUUCCACUUUAUCAAUUUAUUAUCAAUCACAUAAUUCUACUUUAUUUGUGUGCUUUAGUUCAUGUCUUGUGUUUGAGAGUUUUAUUAAUUCUUGCACUUUUAUUGCUUCCAGGUGUGGCAAUGGAUCUGGGCGGGGCGGGUAGUGCAGGACCCAAGCCCGCCUUGUGACUUUACUAGGCGGACCCGCCCCGUCUCGUGACCCGCACGGAUCAAUACUUGUUGGCCCAUGACUCGCCUCGACGUAACCUAAAUAGCUAGUAUGAAACUAUGAAUUAUGUAUUUCUAUUUGCGUGAAGCCGUUACAAUUUGAAUUGGGAUAUAGACUUUAAUAGGACUAAAACAAGAGCUCAAACGGUAAAUAAGACCUCAAACUUUUUAAAUCCUAAAUAGGACUAAUUUUGAAUCGAAGGGACAAAAUUGCCUUUACUAAUAACGUUUCCAGACCGCAGCAAUCUUGCUGCCAAUUAGUGCAAACAUAAGCAACUUACUUUUAGCAACCAUGACUAUUUAGAAAUUGUCGUCAACCAUUCGGCGGUCGCAGGUCACUCCAUCUUUUACUGCCGAUCUGCAUCAAAUUAUCGUUGGAGUGAUCACCGGCGCGAAGCAUCACCCAAGUGGUCACCGGAGUGUCCUUUUCCUCUUAUUCUUCCUCCCGACCUCUUCUUCUUCUUCUCUCUCGUUUUCUUCUACUUCCCCUCUUUAACGAAUAUCUUUAUGGUGCGCUGAAUGUUGGUGGCCUUUUGUCCUGAA